GAAAUUUCAUCAAUACUUGGAAACUAAGGAAAGUCGCAGCUCAUACGCGUAGCAUCCGCUUGUUGUGGAGCAGCUCCCCGUUUUCUGUUCAUAUAUAUUUAUUUGAUACACCGAUUUCCUCCUCUCGAUAUCGAUAAACAGAUCAUAAUUUCGAAACACACACAGUAACGACGAUGCUUGAUUCUUUCUUCAGCAAAGGUUUCAAAUCUUCCAAAUGUAAAACUCUGUUGAAGCUUACAAUCCCUCGGAUAAAGUUGUUGAGGAAUCGAAGAGUGAUUCAUAUAAACCAGAUGCGUCGAGAAAUCGCCAAGCUCCUUGAGACUGGCCAGGAAGCCUCGGCUAGGAUUCGGGUAGAGAAUAUUCUAAGGGAAGAGAAGAUGAUGGCUGCUCAGGAAUUAGUUGAAUUGUACUGUGAGCUUAUUAUUGCUCGCCUUCCAAUCAUCGAUGCACAAAAGGAAUGCCCUCUUGACUUGAAAGAAGCCAUUUCUAGUGUAUGCUUUGCUGCACCAAGGUGUGCCGAUCUGCCAGAGUUGCAACAGGUGCAGAUGCUAUUCGCUGGUAAAUACAGUAAAGAAUUUGUGUCUUCUGCAACUGAGCUUAUGCCCGAAUGUGGUGUCAAUCGGCAGUUGGUUGACCUUUUAUCUGUGCGAGCUCCAUCUUCUGAUGUUAAACUGAAACUGCUUAAGGAUAUUGCCAAAGAGCAUGAGCUUGAUUGGGAUCCAAGUGCUUCUGAAAAUGACUUACUGAAGACUCAUGAAGACUUGCUGAAUGGGACAAUGCAGUUCAUCAGCGAUCACACAGUGCCCCUUGCUGAAUCCCAUAACGACGAGGCUAAGUCUACAAAUUCUACAACUUCAGAACCAGAUGCCGGUGAACACCCUGAUUCCGAUGAGGACUUUGAUAUCAUUGAUUUUCCAGAAGUUCCUAGGCAGCCGGGAGUUGGUUCGGGACUGAAUCCUAUGAUGAAAGAAGAUGCAGCGGUCAAAAUUCCAACUGGCGAACAAUUUGUGCCAUUCAUACAUCAUCCUCCUUCACAGUCGUCGUCUGUACAGUUUCCUGUGAAGGAAAAUGGUUUAUCUCCCUCCGUCACAAAGGCCAUCGGUGAUGAUGCUGAUUUACAGGAUGUGUUGGCUGCUGCUCAGGCAGCUGCGGAGACAGCAGAGGGCGCAGCUGCAGCUGCUCGAUCAGCAUCUACCCUUGCUCAACUUCGUAUCACUGAGCUCAUGAAGAAGAAGAAGGACGAUUUCUCAUACUCUGAAACUGAGAAUCCGUUUCACAUCGACAAAACCAAUUCAGACCUUGAAGAGGAGGUUGAAUUAGAUGCAGAAAACCCGUUUGCUCAUUCUAACACAACCCCCUUCACUUCUCCACGCCGGAACAGCACCUCGGAACACUCUUCCGGUGAUGCAAAAUGCGGCUUCGGGUCCUACGACGAUGCUUUUAGCUAUGGCAGUCUUAACCCGACUCAGGCAUCGUCACCAAUGGAUGACGAUACGUAUUUCUCGUACCCAAACCUAUUCACAUCUCAAGGCUCCAAGUAAGCAAAUGAGGCUUAGUUUCCAGUUUUGUGAUACUCUUUCUUGAGAUUUGUUUCCUUUAGGGGAAAUAUUCGAGGUUUUGUUGUGUGUUGUAUGUAUGUGUUCAAACAAACUGCUGUAAAUUUGAUUGGCAAUUUUGUUUGUUGAUGAAACCAUAUGUUGAGCGCCAAGAAUUUUUCCAAUCUUCAUCUUCA